AUGUCUCAAAUGUCUUCGUCCGACGAAGAGAUUGUCAUAAAACGACAAGUUGUUAAGAUUAAGCCGCGAACGAUAAUAAAAUCGCAGCCACGACACGUUGAAUUAACUCUAAAUGAUAACACCAAUUCACAAAAUGUGUCCGAUUUACCUGAUUCACCUAGUAAACCGAAAAAAGCAAAACUUUAUGACGAUGAGGACGGCUUCUUUACACGAUCUUCCUCUUACGUGUCCAUUAAAAAAACAAAGACUGUAAAAAUUCUCAAAGAACCUAAGGAAAAAACUUCAUAUUUGGAUUGGACAUCCGACGGUCCAAUCGAUAUGGAUAAUAAUAGCGAUCACAUAAAUGAUCUUUCAGAUUAUUCGGAUGAGACUAUGGAAAGAAGUGAAGCUAAUGACAGAAAAAAAAUUUCGGACCCGAUAGACAGAGAGCCAUCUUUAACACCACCACCCGAACUUAACGAAUAUCAACUGAGAACUACGGUUGGCACGCUAAGAGCGACACUCUCACAAUAUUCAGAAGGGCUUCGAUCUGAAAGUGCCGACAUCGGUUCACCAAGCAUAUCUUACGAGCCACAGGAUGAUAUAGAAUUAGAUCCUGAACUUUUAGCUAUUCAACAGUCUAUUAAACAGCCAAAUGGAAAAUUAAACAGAUACGUUGAUGCUAAAGUUGAGAUAACAGUAUUUCCUGUUCGUCAUCCGACGGAUAUCCAAACUAUGGAUGCAAACAGAACCACUCAGACUGAAUUUGACAAGCCUAUUAAAUUUAUCAUGAAAGCGCAAGACAAUUUCGAGCGAAUGAUAAAGAACAUAUGUGAAAAAAGAAAUAUAGGGAAACAAGAUAUAGUGUUGACGUAUAAAAAAGUAAAAGUAUUUCCGCGUAGCACGCCGGAAAGUUUAGGAAUGUCUGGUCAAGCACAUAUGGAGGUAUUCACAAAAGACACAUAUAACUAUUACAAAGAACGGAAUGACUUAUUAAAACAUAAAAUGUUAGAGGAAAUAGAGAGAGAAUCAAAAUUGUUAUCGGAUAAUUCCAAUGAGUCCGAUUUUGAUAAUACAGCAAAAAUAUUUCAACCGGAUAUUGAUUAUAUUCAUCUAAAGUUGUUGAGCAAAGAUGAAUCAAUCGAAAAGUUGAAAAUAAAAAAGACUUUAACAGUACAAGCUGUUAUUGACCAUUACAAAAAAAUCAAAAACAUCCCGGACGGUGUUCAGAUGAAAUUGAUGUUUGAAGAUGCUGUGCUAUCUGUUACUGAUAUGCUGGGGAAUACUGAUUUGGAGGAUGGUGAUAUGUUGUCCGUCGUUAUUCAUAAUUCAUAA